AUGGCCAAGAGAUCAUCAGAAUCUCUUCCAACAUUCCUUCCAGAAACACAGUGCAGUUUUGCACUGAAGACUGAUGGCAGACCAUCCCACCAGCAGCCUGGGCAAAACGGCAACAGUGAUUACCCACAGAGGAGCCAUCCUCUCUGUCUCAAACAGAUUCCAGCAUCCAAUAUAGACGAUGACAAGGCUAAUAGCUCAAAUGAUGCUGGAGAAUCUAGUAAGCCUGCAGAGAUGCCUACGCCGAGAAGAAAACGGAUCUCCACCAUGCCAAAUCUUCUUAAACCCAGAGCUGGACCUUCAUCUGCUCAGUGUCCUGCAUCUAAACUACAGAGGCGAGCAUCACAGGCUCCUGAUGAAAGUGCUUCACCUCAGAAGGAUUCCUAUCCAUCAGAAGAGAGUAAUGUUGAAAGUUCUUUGAAGUCUCCCAUGCUGCCAGAAAAGAAAACACCUGUGCCACAAGUGCCACAGUUUUCCCCACUUAAAAAGUUGGUGAACAAAGAGCAAACUGUAGGUGUAGCUGCUCAAAGAAAUGACAACACCUUGCAGAAGAGUGUACCCUCACCACUCAAAGAGAGACCAACACAGGAAGGAUCAGGGAUACAGGAGGAGAAACUACCUGUGAAACCUGCUCCUGUGAAAGAGAAACGAAUGUGUUCUGACCGUGAAAGGAUCCUCAAAGCUCGGAAGUUAAGAGAAAUGCUUAAAGAAGAGCUGAAAAAAGAGAGGAUGAAACAGUUGAAACACAGGCCUCCAAUAAUUGAAGGACGCUCUCCACCAGAUCGCUCUAAAAUGACCAUGAGGGACUUGAUACACUAUUUACCAGAAAACAAUCCUAUGAAGUCUUCAUUGGCAGAAGAAAAGAGAACAGAAAAAAAUACUGCACAGGGUCAAAUGAAAGAACAGGAAGAGAAGAAUACUCCUGAUCAUGAAGAGGAAAAUGAGGAGGAAGAAGCAGAGAAUGGGGAGGAGAGUCAAGAUGGUCCUCUUCUAGUGCCUCGUGUGAAAGUAGCAGAGGAUGGUUCAAUUAUACUGGAUGAAGAAAGUUUAACUGUAGAAGUUUUAAGAACAAAAGGUUCGUGUGUUAUAGAAGAAAAUGAUCCCAUCUUUGAGCGUGGCUCUACAACUACAUAUUCCAGCUUCAGGAAAAGCUUUUACACAAAACCAUGGUCAAAUAAAGAAACAGAUAUGUUCUUUCUGGCUAUCAGUAUGGUAGGAACUGACUUCUCCUUGAUUGGACGGCUGUUUCCUCAUAGAGCUAGAGCAGAAAUUAAGAACAAGUUCAAACGUGAGGAAAAAGCUAAUGGAUGGAGGAUAGACAAAGCUUUCAAAGAAAAACGGCCCUUUGAUUUUGAAUUCUUUGCCCAGCUGCUUGAGAAGGUCUUAGCAGAUGAGGAAAAGAGGAAACAGAAGACUGCUAAAAGCCAGAAGCCAAAGGAAAAGAAGCCAUCAAGGCCUCGGAAGAGACCAAAAGCAAAAGCUGCCAGCAGAGAAGCUGCUAGUGAUAAGGGUGAUCUUCAGGAAGGCAGAAUUUCUGAUGCAGAAACAGAAGCAGAUGCUGUAACAGCUGAGAAAGAAAAUGAAGAAUCUUCAGGCCUGGCUGAACAGACAGAAGAACAGGUUGCAUUAGAGCCAGUAUUAGCAAAAAAGAAGAGAAAGAGGAAGAGAAAAGAUGAUCUUGAACAGGAACUGGAGAAUCUUCCAGAAGAAGUGGCAGUCCCUUCAAAAAUUGCUGAAGAAGGGGAAUCAUCUGAGAAAACAGAAAAAAAUGUGGUAUGUGAUGCAAACAAUGAUGGUCAUGCUGCCUGUAGAGAAGAACUGGAUAGUGUUAUUGAAGGAAAACAAGAUGAGACUGUUACAGAGGAAGAGGGGUCAGAGUCCUCUUUACCAGUGGAUGUCAUAACGGAGAGAGAAAGUGAUGUCAAAUUAUGCAGCUUUGAAAGUAGCAAUGAUACUAUAUUAGAAACAGCCUCUGCUAUACUGAGAACUCAAGAUACGAGAGACAACGCAUCACAGAAAGGUCACACUUCAGAGUUACCAGUUUCAAGGCUUAGAAGUGAAGAAAGACAGUCUGAAGAAACCAGGGAAACAAAGGUUUUGGACAUACAUGACUUAUGUAGACCAGAUGAAAAACAGAGUGCAUCAGAAAGUGAUUCGCAGUCUGAAAUCAUGAAAACUGAAAAGCCACCAGACAGAAGGCGCUUGCAAAGACCUAAACCCAAUAUAGUGAGAAUAUGUGGAAGGAGGGAAGCAUCAACCCAAGAAAAAGUGGAGGCUGAGACUUCCUCCCCAAACCAUGUGAAUGCAGAUGAAAAGAUCUGUGAGGAAGACAGUAGAAGAAACAGAAAUGAGAAGACAGAUUUGGAUACUAAAUCUGAAGCACCUGAAAAAACUGUAAUUGCAAAGCCAAUAGUUAGAGGAUGUCGUCAGAGAUUUAAACCUAAUGUUAUAAGAGCAUCUGGAAGGAAAGAAGAGCCCGAAAAAGAUGCAGAAAAAGACAAAAUGCCCCAUCUACAGCCUGGGGGAGAACCUAAGGGAGAAACAGAAAAGAAUACUGACCAAAGUAAUAGAUCUGAUGCUACCAGUGAAGAAGCAGCAGAAAAAGAUAAUAAAGUCCUGGAGACAAUGUCUCAGUCUAAUGAAACAGCUGGCUUACAGGAUGACAGCAAACAGUGUGUGCUGAAACCAACACCUCUAAAGAGAGGCAGAUUGCAAAGACCAAAGCCAAAUCUAGGAAGAACUGUUGCAAAGCAAAAGGACCUGCCAGAAGAAAAAGAUCCUGAAGAGGAGAAAUCUCAGAGUGGAGAAACAGAAGAAGGCCUGAUACACCACAGGGAUGGAAACAAUGAUCCAUGCCUCAAAAAUGUAAGUUUCUUGAGCAAAAAACCCUUUGAAGCAGAAAGCUAUGAAAGUGAAAAGGAAUCAUCAGAUGUCCAGAAACAGGUUCCAGAUUUCAGUGUGGGGGAGUCUGGUCCUAGAAAGGAAGAGGAGAAAACUGUUGUAUCAUCAACUCAGCUACUGAAGAGUCGAUUCCAGAGACCAAAACCAAAUUUAAGAAUGACAACUAGUAGAAGGAAAAUGUUGCACAUAAGUUAUGAAGGUGUAUCACAGCAAGACAGAAAUAGGGAAGAAGAUUUGACACAAUGUGACAGUGAUUGUAGCAUCCUUUCUGAUACACAUAAAACAGGAAAAUAUGAAGCUCUGCAACCAUUGGAAUCCUCAGGAAAGGCAGAGUCACUUUGUGCUCAGGUUUCUGAGAGGCCAAGUUGUGAGUCCCCAGAGACGUUUUCAAGAUCAGAGGAUGGUGAACUUGAAUUAUAUCUACCUGAAAUUAACCAAGAUGACACUUCAGCUACUACUGCAGGCAAAAAUAACACUGAAGAAGAAAGUAAACAAAUACCUAUUCAACCUGUCCAGUUAGUGCAGAGCAGAUUCCAGAGGUACAAGCCAAACUUAAGAAAAUUGGUUGGAAAGAAGGAAUUACAAAUACCAGAAAGCGAGAGGGAGAAAAAGCCUGAAGCAGAGAAGUUGCUGUUGCAAGAAGAUGAGUCUGCCAGUGCUGUCAUUGGUGAAAAUGAAGCUGUGCUCUGUCGAACGGAGGUAUGGAGCAAUGAGGAACAGGAACAGCAAGCAGUGCCUCAGUUGCCCUGUACUUCUGAAAACAUACUGUGUGAACAAAGCAGGUCAAAUGAUAAAUCAAGAUCUGGAGAAGAAAGUAAACAGAGUGAUACAAAACCUUUGCAUCAAGUGAGGGAAUCCCACUGGAACACAAAGCCAAACCUAAAGAGAGUUACUAGAAAAAGAGAUCAUCCUGAAGGUGGUGAAAACAGAGAAGAGGACAAGGCUGAGAUAAUAAAUGCAAAAGAGUGUUUGGUGUUAGAGAAAACUGUUUCAUCAACGCAAAACUCUAGUAACAUAGUGGAAGCUGCAAAGUUCUCAGAGGCUACAAGAAAACAAAAUCUUACAGACUCUGAAGAAACACCAUGUAAAAGGCUCAGGCAGGAUAACAGUCUUCAGUCUCCAGAAAUACCGUCAGAGGGUGAGAGUCAAGUACAACAAGAUGAUUUUCAGCUUUCUACCUCUCAGGAAAAAAAUUCAGACAAUCACUCAAGGAGGCAGUCCAGAAGGUCAUCAAAACAGAUGGUGCUGCCAAAACAUGUCUCGGAGCCAAGACAUGCUGCUGCUUCUACCCCUGAAUGUGAGGCUGCUUGCAGUGAAAAGGGGAAUCAAAGGCAAGAAGUUAAACUUAGUCUUACAAGAGGCAAAAGUUUGAAAACUACACUUAGAAAGAAAUCUGGGAAGGAGCACAGAAGUUCAAAGAUAACUUUGGUGACCCUCCGGGCUUCUCAAGAGGAGGAAGAGGAGGAGGAGGAUGAGGAGGAGACAGAUGACUUGGUGCCUGAUGAUGAAGAUGAAUGCUUUGCACCAGAGGAAGUAAACAAAGCUCCAGUGUUUGUUCCUAUAUGUCUGCGAUCUCCCAAACCAAUUUCUGUUCAGAUAGAGGAAACCAUGGAGGAGCUGGAAAUACCUGUGAAUAUACCAGAUGUGCAGGUGCCUACUGAUGUUGAAAUUGCCUCUCAUGCAUCUGUCCAGCUGGUAAUACAGACAGAGGAAAAAGUAAUAGCCUCAACAGCUGAAAUAACCGCACAUGAAAAUCCAGAGGUGGACAAAGGAAUCAAUGAUGGAAGCACUGAAGCUGCUAUGACUUUACUUGCAAUGGGUGACCCAAUGUUCCAGUUAAAAACAAGUACUGAAGAAUGGACACAUGUGUUGCCUGCUCAAGAUGAGUUGAACAUGGUGGAUGGCCUUGUAACCCACACCUACUCCAAAGAAAACAGAACUCCUAGUCAGUAUUUACUUUCUUCAGACACUUCUACCAAGGAAUUGGUCUCUCCUGAAGAUGGAAGCAACAUUAAUGUAGAGGAUCAAAGCACUGGCAUAAGAAUAGGUGUUGAAGGAUAUUUUGAGGAAAAUGCUACAGAUAACAGGUGUAGCUCUUUGCCUGUGGUGAAUAGUAUGAGACUGACACAAGGCAGACUCCUGGAGCCUGAGCCAGGCUUUGGAGUACUGCAGUCCAAUGAAACUGUAGUUCAGGAGUCACUCGAUACAAAUGUGCAUGUGGAACAACUAGAGCAAGUUCAAAGUGACUCUACACCCCCGAGAGGUGCUGCAGAAGUGCACAAGGUGGAACUAGAACAGGUGAAACCAGCUGCAGGUGAUGCUUCAGUUCUUCAUGAUUUUGCAGCUAGAAGUACAGAACCUUUCAAGCAAGCAAACAAAACUGAGAGAACAGAAAAAGAGAUGAGAGAUGCUUGUGGAAAUUCAGGAGAUUUAAGACCUGUAACUGCAUCACCAAAACCCGGAAAGUCUCACCUUGGAUUAGAGGAAUAUCCAAAUCAAAGUUCUGUGGAUGGACUUCCUGAGCAAAACCCUUGUCCUCCUGAGUACAAUAUAUGCACAAUCAACUUUACUCAGGAGGAAGCUGGCCCUCAGGAUUCUCAACAACAGUGCAUAAGCAGCACAGAAGAGACUCCAGAAAUUACAGUAGCAAGUGUUGAUCAUAGAUGUCCAGAGGAAGAACAGACAUACAUUUUAACAUUGGUGGAAAUUCCAGCUGACUCAAAAGACUUUGGUGCAUCUGCUUUGCUGGAACCAACUUCAGAACCACUGCUGCCAGCCCCAAUACUUAUCAGUCCAAUAAAUGCAAGUGAAACAAACGUGACUGAAAUUGAGAGCAUUGGAUCCUUGACAAUUGCAACUGAUGAAUUUGCUGCACCUUUAAACACCAGUGUGGAAACCACACAACUAGAGUGUUUAUCAGUGGAGCCCGUUCCAUAUCUGCAGACAACUCAAAAAAGGCCAGCUGCUGAGCUUGAAGAGAAUUAUUUUCCUCCUGCCAAGAAAGCUGUGUGUACUGUUGUAGAGGAGAGUAACCUGGAAACCACAUACAAGGGUUAUUCAAUUAAAUCCACAGAUGCUUCAACGAUAGCUUCUGGGAAUCCUUUUCAAAAAACGGAAGCUUCAGCAAAAGAAACAAUAUAUACCUCUGUGUUGGUGUCUGAACCUGUGUCACCACAACCUGAGAGAAGCCAGCUAGAGACUUUAGAGAAUGAAGCAAAAACAACAGCUGCGAAUUCAACAUUUAGACAGGAAGAAGAGAUGACAUCUAGAUUAACCUCUAAUAGAAAAGAAAUAAGUGGCCAAGAAAUGCAGGGAAAUGGGCAUGAAUCUGAACAGUUGGAACAUACUGAAAGCCUGGCAUCAUCUUCAAAAACUCCAUUACUCAGUAGCAAGAAUAGUUCUAAAUCUGCAGAAGAUACCAAAAGGAAUAAAGAUAAGAUCCCAAAGCCUCGAAUCGUGACUCCAAAGCGAAGUCUAAAAAGACCUGGUCCAUCCACUGAGGGUGACAGGGGAUCAUGUUCCCUUCCCUCUACAAGCACAUCGUCAUCAGUGGAGUAUGAGAAUGUAGUUGCUGAUUCUGCAGUUACGGUUCCAAGUAAUGAGCCAUCUGAGAGGCUGCCCCUUUGUGCUAAAGGUCAAGAGAAGGAAGAAGAGCCAACCAGAAUCUCUGAGUAUUUUUUCAGUGACAUCUUUAUGGAAGUGGAUGAUUCAGAGUAG